AUGAUCGUCAACGCAAAGGCCUUUGCGGCUCUCUUCGCCCUCGCCUCGGUCCUCCCCUCGGCCGUGGGCUCCCCCAUCGCCAUCAACGCCAUUGCCGAGCGUGCUCCUGUCGGCGAGGCCGUCUACGUCCCUGUCAUCGCCCGCGGUGAGGGCGGCAAGGGCGGUGCUGGCGGCGCUGGCGGUGCUGGCGGUAACGGCGGCGCUGGCGGCAAGGGCGGCGACGGUGGCUCUGGCGGCGGUGCUGGCGGUGCCGGUGGUGACGGCGGUGCUGGUGGCGCCGGCGGCGAGGGUGGCUCCGGCGGCAAGGGUGGUGACGGUGGUGAGGGCGGCAAGGGCGGCGACGGCGGUGCCCCCGAGCCCGAGAAGCCUUCGACCUCGUCCGAGGGAUACAUCAGCACCCUGCCCCCCGUGACUACCACCAAGGCCCCCGAGUCCACCUCCUCUCCCUGGUCGUCAACCACCGUCGGCCCUGUCGUCACCACUACCAAGGCGCCCGAGCCAUCGCCCACUACCACCCGUGGCCCAUGGACCCCCGAGGAGGACGAGCCCGAUGGACCCAUCUUUAGCGGCACCGUCACGCUCCCCACGACUACGGCGGCCCCCUCUUCGUCCACGACCAAGUCGUUCACCACGACCACCGCCCCGCCCCCGAACCCCGACCCCACUGAGAGUAAGUCGGACACCUCUCCCCCCGCUGCUUCCGGUGUCGUGAAGGCCGGCACCACGUACCGCGGCACCAUCGGCAAGAUUGGCUUCACUGGCCCCAACCCUCACGUGUACCAGGGCUGCGGCGGCGACCCGGAGGACAAGCUCAUGGCCGUCGAGAUCGCGCAUAACGGCUGGAGCGCCGACCUGUGCGGCAAGAAGGUCGUCUUGACGGGCAUUGGCACCGACGGCAAGAGCACGGGCCAGAGCACGACCGGUGUCGUUGCGGGCUGGACCGACGCCGCGACCGACCCCAACAACAUCAACAUCGCGGACCAGCUCCACGACUACCUCGCGGUCGGGCCUUACCGCAACGUCCCCUUCCUGCCUGCCACAUGGGAGGUCCUUGCCGACAGCGGCGCCAGCCCCAGCGGAGGCGCCACGACAACAAAGUCGUUCACCACCACCACCGUCCCUCCCCCAGCCCCCACAGAGUCCUUCAACCCCGAAACCGCCGACCCCAGCAAGGCGCUGACCGCUCCAGCGCCGCCCAAGCCUGAGGAGACCAAGACGUCGGGCACAACGCGCGACGCCCCGCCCAAGCCCGAGGAAACUCGUGAGUCCCAGACCUCGGCCUCUGCGCCGGCAGUGUCUGCCAGCGCCGGCCCGAUCGAGCCCGGUGUCAAGAUCUCGAGCUUCAUGGCCGUGUCCAAGUCUGUUCCUGGCCGCGAGGCCAACCACGUGUACGAGGGGUGCAGCUUCUCUGGUGAUGCCGAGAAGGCCGUGUGGCUUGAGAAGUCAAACUUUGACGCCAAGCUGUGCGGCAAGAAGGUCACAAUUGAGGGCAUGGCCGGCACGUCGCGUGACGGCGUCGUUGCCGGCUGGUCCGAUGACCAGAAGCACCCCGGCGAGCUCAUCGUCGGCACUGCCAUCGACAAGGCCGCCGGCGCGACCAUCCGCACCAUCUGGGCGCCGAUUACUUGGUGGAUCGAAGCCGACCAUUAG